AUGCGCGCCGCCAUCGAGAAAACAUGGCACAAGGCUGGAGCAAUAGAGGGUGUACAAACACAAACUCUCAGCCACCCUGAAAUCAGGAUUGUGCUGUUUGGGAAAACUGGAACUGGGAAGAGUGCCUCAGGGAACACCAUCCUAGGGAGAAAGGAGUUUGAUUCGAGGGUCCGCUCCAGAUCAGAGACUAAGGAGUGUGUUAAGAGAACAGGAGAAGUUGCUGGGAGACGCGUUGUUGUGGUCGACACACCGGGCUUGUAUGAUACGAAACUGUCUCAAAAGGAAGCUAUAUUUAAUGCUGUGCAAUGCAUCACCAAGUCUGCCCCGGGACCCCACGCUUUCCUUCUGGUGCUGCAGCUGGGCCGAUUCACAGAGGAAGAGAAGAGAACAGUGGAGAUCAUCAAGGAGAGAUUUGGUGGGAAAGCUACAAACUACAUAAUGAUCCUUUUUACCCGCGUGGACGAUCUGGAGGAAGGGGAGACGAUUGAUCAAUAUGUUAAAGAAGCUGAAGAUGAUCUCAAGCAGCUGCUAAUGGAAUGUGGGUGCAGGUAUCAUGCCUUCAACAACAGAGAAAAGAACGAUCGCACUCAGGUCACAAAGCUCAUAGAGAAAAUAGAGGCCAUGGUGACAGCAAACAACAACACCUACUACACCAGUGAGAUGUUACAGCAAGUAGAUGAAAAAAUAGAACAGAGAGUAAUAGAGAUCAUGAAGGAGAAGAAAGAGCAAAUAGACCUGGAGAUAGAGAAGCUGAAGAGAAAGAACCAGCACAAGCUUCAAGAGAAAAUGAGGCAGAUAGAAGAGGAAAUCCAAGACGAAGAGAGAGAAAUGAAAAUGAGAGAAUUAAUGUCAGAGUGUGCCUUCAACCCCCCCUGA